UCUUCAACAACAGCGGAAGUGGCGGAUGCAGUAGAGUCACGGUGUGACCGUUGUAGCUACAAUGAUGGCGUUAUAUUUGACGUAGCUGUCACAAUAUGCUUCCACUGUGGGCCAAGUCGCUGCUGUCAGAAGCAAACAUUGCGGCGUGUUUAGUCGUCUUGUCGGUGUAUUAUUUACUCCAAUGCCUCCGCAGACGACGCCACCUAGCUAACAUCCCCCCGGGGCCCAAGCCUCUGCCGAUAGUCGGCAACUUCGGCGUCCUUCUCAUUCCGGCUUUUAUUCGGAGGAGGUUUCGGAAGUCGUCGAGCCGCGCCAACGCGACACCUUUGGUGGGGUUAACGGAACACGCCGCCGUGUACGGUGACGUCUUCAGCCUGUUUGUGGGCAGCCAGCUGGUUGUGGUGCUGAACGGCUGUGACGUCAUCAGGGAUGCUCUGCUCAACCAGCCGGAAGUGUUCUCAGACAGACCGGAUAUGCCUGCGGUGACCAUCAUGACCAAACGCAAAGGAAUAGUCUUUGCGCCCUAUGGACCUGUUUGGAGAAAACAUCGCAAGUUCUGCCACGCGUCUCUGAGGUCCUUUGGGCUGGGGAAGCUGAGUUUGGAGCCGUGCAUCCUUCAAGGCCUGGCCACCGUCAAAAGCGAGCUGCUGCGACUACACGAGGAGAAGGCUGCCGUGGACUUGACUCCGCUCAUCAGCAACGCCGUCUCCAACGUCAUCUGCUCCCUCGCCCUGGGCCGGCGCUUCCACCCUGACGACCGGCAGUUCAGCACCCUGCUGGGCCUGAUGAUGCGAGGCCUGGAGCUGUGCGUCAACAUCCCCGCCAUCCUCAUCAACGUUUUCCCGCUGCUCUACCACUUGCCCUUCGGCGUCUUCAAGGAGCUCCGCCAGGUGGAGGGCGACAUCACGGCGUUCCUGAAGAGGAUUAUCGCGGAGCACCGGGAAACGCUGGACCCGGGGAACCCGAGGGAUCUUGUGGACAUGUACUUGGUGGAGAUGUUGGCUCAGAAGGAAGCUGGAGUGGAGGACAGCAGCUUCAGUGAAGAUUACCUCUUCUACAUCAUUGGAGACCUUUUUGUAGCAGGCACUGACACGACCACCAACUCUGUCCUGUGGGUCCUCCUCUACAUGGUCGUGCAUCCUGAUGUCCAAAAGAAGGUCCAAGCAGAGCUGGACGAGGUGGUGGGAAGACAUCGCGUCCCGUCUUUGACCGACAGGGGACAUUUGCCCUUCACAGAGGCCACCAUCAUGGAGGUGCAGAGGCUGACAUCAGUGGUUCCUCUGGGCAUUCCACACAUGGCGUCCAAGACCACAAACUUCCGAGGUUUCACCAUUCCGCAAGGAACAGUUGUUUUGAUCAACCUGUGGUCCGUCCAUCGAGACUCCGCCGUGUGGGACGACCCUGACUGCUUCAAGCCGGAGCGCUUCCUGGAUGACCACGGGAAGUUAGUCAGGAAAGAUUGCUUCAUGCCAUUUGGGAUUGGUCGCAGGGUGUGCAUGGGGGAGCAACUGGCCAAGAUGGAGCUCUUCCUCGCGGUCAGCAGCUUACUGCAAGCCUUCACUUUCAGACUCCCGGAGGGAACGCCGCCUCCUUCCAUGCACGGACGCUUUGGCCUGACGCUGGCGCCGUGCCCCUUCUCUGUGUGCGUGAGCCCUCGCGAGUGACGUCAGCUGGAGAUGCUACCUGGACAGGCAGAAUAGUGGGCAGGACACUUAAGUAGGUACGCCUGAGCCGUCUCCUGUGCAGUUGAAUGAGGUAACCGCAGCAUGAUGAUGUAGUACAGUCGCAGUAAAUACCUCAGAGCACAAGUUUUCUGUUGGAUCGGAAUAGACCGGUGUACCUAAUGAAGUGACAUCCGGAUUCUAGUACAUGACUUGUAAUAUUGGAUUAUCAGUUAAUAUAUCUACUUCUAUCGUUAAAGUCCGUAUCAGGUUUUUUAAUUACAGUAAAUAAUAUUUUUGAAAAUGACGUCUUUAAGUAUUUUUUAACAAUGGUAAAACAAAACAAAAAUGUAUACUGUAUAUUUAAUACAGUAUUAUU